AUCUGGCGGCCAGCCCGCUGCAGAGAAGAGGGAACUCCGCGGAGAAGAAACUAGCAAUGAGGCCCCAAAGGUGGAAGUGCAGCCUGAGAAACUUGAGCGAGCCUGGGACUGCGCCCCCAGCUUGCCUGGCCACUCUGCAGAGCGUGGCGCGGCCUGUGGUAUCCCAGGGCUUCAUAAGACGGACGGAGAAAAGAAGCUCACGGAGGUAAAAUAACUUGCCCCAGGACAAACAACCAGGAAACAGAGAAGCCCGGCUUCAAAGCCCCCUGUGCGGCCCGUCCAGAGCCUGGACUAUGACCACAGCACCUUCAGCUUUCAAGUGAAAAUCAAGAUGAGGUGAAGAGUCAUAAGGUAGCACGCUAUAGAAAGACUGGCCAUUUGGACCAAUCCUCUUGUUUUACAAGAGAAGAAAAUAAGACCCAGAAAUGGACUUUGGAGAUUCAUUUGCUGCAGUCACUGGGAUGGGAAAGUGAAUGUCCUGGUACUGAGAACUUCACCAGCCUGUCACUGAAAAUGGAUCUGAAAAACUGGACUUCCAACAUGCAAAACCAGUUUCAAGUUCUCCCUCCUUAGGGCUUCUUAAUGUGUUGGUUUUAUUCCACAGUCAAGUGAUUUAAAGAGCCUUAAAGCACAGGCGGCUGCCAAAGAUGGUGGAGGGGCAGGUCUUGGUGCUUGAUGGCCGAGGCCAUCUCCUGGACCGCCUGGCGGCCAUCGUGGCCAAACAGGUGCUUCUGGGCCGGAAGGUUGUAGUCGUGCGCUGUGAGGCCAUCAACAUUUCUGGCAAUUUCUACAGAAACAAGUUGAAGUACCUGGCCUUCCUCCACAAGCGCAUGAACACCAACCCAUCCUGUGGCCCCUACCACUUCCGAGCACCCAGCUGCAUCUUUUGGCAGACAGUGCGAGGCAUGCUGCCGCACAAGACCAAACGAGGCCAGGCUGCCCUGGAGCGCCUCAAGGUGUUUGAUGGGAUCCCACCACCCUACGACAAGAAAAAACGGAUGGUGGUUCCUGCUGCCCUCAAGGUGGUGCGCCUGAAGGCUACACGGAAGUUCGCUUACCUGGGGCGCCUGGCUCACGAGGUUGGUUGGAAGUACCACGCAGUAACAGCCACCCUGGAGGAGAAGAGAAAGGAGAAGGCCAAAAUCCAUUACCUGAAGAAGAAGCAGCUCAUGAGGCUACGGAAACAGGCCGAAAAGAAUGUGGAGAAGAAAACUGAUAAAUACACAGAGGUCCUCAAGACCCAUGGACUCCUGAGGUCCUUCUGGAAUCAGGACAGAUUGAAGAGGAGCAGAACUAGAAGGCAUCUUAUGUAAGGGCCUGGCACAUGCUCUACUGAGAGGGCCACCUUGGGCUACGUGAUGCUUCUGUGGGUCUGCAGUGGGAAGCCUGGGGGAAGAAGGCACCCCUUCCUCAGGGAUAUCUAGCCUCGGGUCAGGGUCUCAGCAUGGCACUUGGGGCUCAGGCUGGAUGCAGCUCCAACUGGCCUCCUCAACCAGGUGUCUUUGUGCAGUACACUAACUGCAUAAUAAUACACGGCAGCCCUGGUUAGCCAUCACAGUAAUUUCGAAUUACAGAUCUUUAUCCUUCCUCUGCCCAAUCAGAAAUGAAAGUAGUAUUGCUUCAGGUAGUCAUGAAGCAAAGGGAAAGAAAAAAGUAGAUGAGGGUCCCACAGAGGAGACCUGUGAACAGUGGAGUCAACUCUUGUGAACCCUCAGUAUCAGAUGUUUCAUCUUAUUUCUCCCAGUCUAAACUCACAGCUUCAGCUGAAAAGCCAAGAGUAUAUUUACAAAGGAUGGAUUCAACCACAAACUAUCUGAAUUAAUGUUGGAGGACCUAGACUUGACUCUGCUCCACUAGAGCAAGAACAGUAUUUAUUUUUUUCCU